AUGUUUCUGCAGCUGCUCAGCUUCGCUGCUCUCCUUGCUUGCACUCAUAGCCAGUGUCAGCAAGGCUGGAGGGAGUAUGAGAGUAAAUGUUACUUCUUUUCAACUGACACAAAGUCAUGGAUGGAUGCUAAUGUGUUUUGUUUGGGGCAAACCGCCAACCUGAUGAGCAUUCAGAACAUUCAUGAGAGGUUGUGGGUAAGGACGCAAAUAGGCCAAGAGAUCUACUGGAUGGGCCUGAACGACGAAGUGUCAGAGGGAGUCUGGGAGUGGAGUGAUGGGAGCACUUUUAUAGAAUACAUAUCAUACUGGAUGCAAGGCCAGCCUGAUAACUGGGGCGACGAGCCGGGAGAGGACUGUGCUCAGGUGGUGGGAUCAAGCUUUGGGCAGUGGAAUGACGAGAACUGCGGUGUUAGGAGGAAAUAUAUCUGCCAGUACAGCAACGCAAAUCCUGUCCCACAGUGUGACUUAGCAAACGGCUGGAUACAGUACGGCUCCAACUGCUACAAGCUGAAAGCGGAAACCAGGAAGAGUUGGUCGUUAGCGAGACUCGACUGUGUGCAGGAAGGAGGAGACCUGGUGUCCAUUGCCAACGCAGAUGAGGAGCAGUUUGUCACAGGAACACUGGACCCAUCAUUCAUCGACCUCUGGAUUGGGUUUUCCACACUGAAAUGCAACAAGAUUUCUUGUCAAGUUGAAGCAGGAAACAUUAAGUACACCUGGUCCGAUGCUUUACAAGGGGAUUACACAAACUGGGCUGAUGAUGAACCCUCAGGUGAUACACAGGCCGGCGCAUGUUCUGCAAUCAUCAAAGAUUCAUCAGAUGAAUUUGGGAAAUGGAGAUCCCAUGUGUGCAGAUAUGAGCGUCCUUACAUGUGUAAACGAGCUCUGAACACCAUCUGCCCUGCUGGCUGGCUGAGCUUCGCUGGCAGUUGUUACUGGACCGUCAGUAAUAUCAAUCUGUUGACCACCUGGCACGAUGCCCUCACCAAGUGCUCUGAUAUCGGGGCCCACCUGCUGAUUAUAAACAGUCAAGAAGAACAGUACUACAUAAAUGGGAACCUUCCAGACUUUCACCAUGUGGACAUUCCUGACAUCUGGAUCGGUUUAUCAGAUAAGGACCAGGACGGGGAUUUCAAAUGGCUGGAUAAAACACCGAUAACCUUUUCCAACUAUGGUCCUGGUUGGCCCAAAAACACAGAAGACAACUGGGACUGUGGACAAAUCUACACAGGAAAUUAUGAAGGCAAAUGGGAAACAACCAACUGCUUCAAGAGCCUGGGUUACAUUUGUGAGAUGACAGGUGGACAGAACCCCAAACCAACUUCAACUCCUGACUCCCACUGUGACCUUGGAUAUUUGUUGUAUGGGGACUUCUGCUAUCAUUUUGAGACUGAGUCGGUAAAAAACUGGCAGGAAGCUGAGGCUUACUGUGUCAAACAGCAGGGCCACCUUGUCAGCUUCCACUCAGAGGAAGAGCUGAGUUUCAUAACUGCUCACAUGCCAGGGGUAGCCUGGGUGGGUCUGAAUGAUAUCAAUGUUGAAAACCAGUUUGUAUACACCGAUGGAACUCCUGCAGACCUCCUCCCAUGGGCGGCCAAUCAGCCAGACAACUGGGAGGGCAACGAGGACUGUGUGCACCUCAGAGGGAUGGAUGACCACGACGCUGGGAAACUAAAUGAUGAUUUCUGCACCGCUACAAAGGAAUUUAUCUGCAAAAAAGGCAAGGGACAAGGACCUCCUCCCCAGCCGCCAACAUCUGGACCAGGAUGGAAUGAGAAAUGCGGUUCUUGGAUGGCUGAUCCUUUUAACGACUACUGCUACCAGUUUAACUACCUGUCCAUGAGGCCGUGGGCCGAGGCUCGAGCCGACUGUGUCAACCAGGGAGGAGACCUCGUCAGUAUCACCGAUCCCUUCGAACAGGCCUUCAUACAAGGUGUAAUCCAGUUGGGUCCCACAGGUAUCUCUUUGUGGAUGGGUGGUCAUGACUCUGUCACUGAGGGCGGUUGGGAGUGGUCAAAUGGUGAUCCUUUCAGAUACAUUCGCUGGAAUGCAGGUAAUCCCGACAACUACUACGGUGAAGACUGCCUAUCUAUAAUCAUUAACAACGGCUACUGGAAUGAUGACAACUGUCAGUACAAAAGAGGAUACAUAUGCAAACGGAAAGGAAACACACCUGAGCCUCCUCCACCUCAUGAUGGUUUCAUGACGGCGCUGGUGUGCCAGGACUCCUCUGCUGUCCUUCACUGUCCACAUGAAAGUGUAAUUAACAUCCAGUCGGCUUUCUUCGGACGAAAAAGUGACACCAUCUGUCCACACUUGGGUGAAACAGGAGGAAGCUGCACUGUUGAAGGUAUCCUUCCUCAAUAUAGAAAGAGGUGUGACAACCAUCAGUUCUGCUUUAUCUACGCCCAUACGGAGGUGGAUCCCUGUCCCACAGUCUCCAAAUACCUUGAGAUCGUCUACAGCUGUGAACAAAAAGUGUGUCUGCACGGCCUGGGAGUCGAGGAUGGAAAUAUCACGGACAGUCAGCUCUCCGCUUCUUCCUCCACUGGUGCCUUCACUCCCAGCAAAGCCCGUUUGAAUGGAAAUUCCUGCUGGAUGCCUUCAGGAAUCGCAACCUCAAGCUGGAUCCAGGUGAACCUUGGCGAAACCAAGAAAGUAACAGGAAUAGUAAUCCAGGGUUGUCCUCAUAACGAUCACUGGCUUACCAAAUUCAAGAUCCAGCACAGUAUGGAUGGAACAACCUGGACUGACUACACUGCUGACGGGCAGUUUUUCCCAGGCGCAACAGACAGAGACAGUCCUGUAACUCAGCUGCUGGGGACACCUGUGUCAACUCAGUACGUCCGCAUCCUCCCGCUGGAGUUCAAUGAUCAGGCAGGCCUUCGCUUCGACGUGUUAGGAUGCACACCGGACUAUGCAAUCACAUGCGCCAAUAAGCCCAACUUCAACUUUGCCAAUGAAAAAAUGACUGUCCAUUGUCCAGCACGCUGUGCCAAUGCUGAUCACAGAGUGUACGGCACCUCAGUGUAUCGUGGGGACUCAAACAUCUGUGCUGCAGCCAUCCAUGCUGGAGUGAUAUUAAAUGACAAUGGAGGAGACUGUACUUUGUUGAAAGUUGCGGGGCAGGACUUCUAUCCCGGCUCCACCAGGAAUGGCAUCACCUCAUUACAAUAUGAUGGAAACUAUGAUGUGUCUUACACUUUUGCAGAUGGGGAGCUGAGGUGUUCAGGGCCUGAUUGGUAUGAGUUUGGAGAGUUCUGCUACAAACCUUUUGGAGACAGAAAGACAUGGCAUGAUUCCCAGCAGGCCUGCAGGGCUCAGGGUGCUGAACUCGUGUCCAUCCUCUCGAUGACGGAGCAGAGCUGGCUGGAAAGCUACCUGUACAUGGCUACCAAUGAUGUGUGGACUGGUCUGACUGACUUGGUAGUGCCUGGUAUGUACACCUGGUCUGACGAACACAUGACGACCUUCACUUACUGGGCUCCAGGGGAGCCAAACAACCACGAUGGGUUCAGUGAAGACUGUGUUGAGAUGUUACACCAGACUGGACGAUGGAACGACGUGUCCUGUACGGAGCUCAAUACCUACAUAUGCAAAAUGCCCAAAUCACAUUAUCCAGUGCCCUCUGUAAAACCCACUGUGUACGGAUGCCCUCAGGGCUGGGAUGCAUACGGCUACGCCUGCUACUUGAUGGAGGAGAACACCAUGAGCUGGUCGGAGGCUAAGGAUUUCUGCAAAGAGCAGGACGGCUUCUUGCUGCACAUCGGAGACAUUUAUGAGCAGUCACAUUUUACAGUCACACUGUCGGGAAAGACUGGCAUGUGGUGGAUCGGCCUGCGUGCUUAUGGAGGGUCAAGUGGAGGGGUCGACUACUUCUGGGACAACGGAUUACCGCUCACCUUCACUCACUGGGACAAAGACCAGCCAGAUAGCGGGGAUGGUACUUGUGUGGCCAUGACAACGGGUCUGAUCGGUGGUUUCUGGGACGACACGCAGUGCUUAGAGAAACACGCCUUCGUCUGUGAGAAACCCAGGCCCGACAUCACCCCACCCCCCAAGCCCCCGACUCCUCCACCUGCACAGGGCUGUGCUGAUGGGUGGUCAGCUCUGCCUCACUUCAGAAACUGUUACCGGCUCUUCCACAAUGUGGACUGGUCCCUGAAGAAGAGCUGGGGAGCAGCACACGAGGACUGUGUCGCCAGAGGAGCUGAUCUGGUCAGCAUCCACAUCCAGGAGGAGGAAGAGUUCCUAGCUCUAUACAGCAAAGCAAGCAGCAAGUGGAUCGGCCUCAAGCACAACCCUACGGAGGGAGGCUAUUCUUGGAGCGAUGGCACACCUCUCUCGCACACCAACUGGGGUCCCGGGGAGCCCAACGACCACGAGGGCCGCGAGGAAUGUGUAGAGAUGGUGAGCAGCACCAACGGGACCCACUCGUGGUGGAACGACCUCAACUGUGACGCUCACCAGGACUGGAUAUGCAUGAUUACUAAAGGAAAGAACCCCAUCCUGCCCCCAGUGCCCCCACCUCCAAUCCCAGCUCCUGAUUGUGGUACCAACCCUGGCUGGAGGAAGAACAACAACAUCUGCUACUACUACAACGACACAGACAUAGUGGACUUCCAUACAGCUACGAUGCGCUGCUACCACGAGAAGGCCAUACUUGUCUCCAUCCACGACUACAACGAACAGGCAUACGUUAACAGCAUGGUGGGGACGGGCGAGGUUGCUUCAGCUUGGAUUGGAUUGAGGAUGUUUGGCAUUGCGAGUGGACAAUACGGGUGGGUGGACCACACCCCUUUGACAUACACUCACUGGGGUCCAGGUGAGCCCAACAACGCCAAUGGGGAGGAACAGUGUGUUCAGAUGAACAGACAUCAAGGUGGAUGGAAUGAUGCCAACUGUGGUCGGGCCGGAUCGGGUUACGUCUGUAAGAAGCUCCCCGGAGACAUCCACACUCCUCCUCCACCCACACAGCCCUGGGAGGGCAACUGCCCUGCAGGUUGGAUGCGUUUCAAGGACAAGUGCUUCAUGUUCAAAGGACAGAAAAAUGACAUUAAAGCAAACUGGUCUUUUGCUCGGAGCUGGUGCAAAGAGCAAGGAGGAGACCUGGCAGUUAUUGACAACCAGUACGAGAACGACUUUGUCUCCAGUUACCUGAGGGACUUGGAGCUUCCCACAUGGAUCGGCCUGUCGGAUCUGCUGUUGGAGAAUCAGUACGCCUGGAGUGACGGGGUCAGCCCGGUGCUGUACACCAACUGGAACACAAAGGAGCCCAACAAUGCAGGAGGAACAGAACACUGUGUGGCGAUGGCUCACGGCCCCCUGAUGAGUGGCAAGUGGAACGAUGACAGCUGUCAUAAGGAUCACAGCUUUGUCUGCUCUAGGAAGAAAUCGAGCAGCAUACAACCUCCACCCCCAACCAAGAGCCCCUGUCCGGAGGGCUACAUCUCCUGGUACCAGAACUGCUACAAGCUGGUGGAGGAGCCACUGACCUGGGAAGCGGCUCAGGCGGCCUGUGAGGAACAGAAAGGGAACCUGGCCAGCAUCGACAUGAGCUACGACCAGGCCUUCGUCGCUGGAGUGGUCCUGCAGGGCAGAGCCGACGCCUGGAUCGGACUAAGGCGCAAGGAAAAUGGCUCCUACACGUGGACGGAUGGCUGGCCAGUUUUUUUCACUCAGUGGGGACCAGGAGAGCCCAGCAACAUCAAGGAUGAGGGCUGUGUGAGCAUGCACGCUUCACCUAUGUUCCACGGGACCUGGAACGACACCAGGUGUGACCAAACUAAACCCUACGUCUGCAAGAUCUCCUCAGAGAAACCGCCGACGACUCCGGCCCCUGGUGAUGGGAAGUGUCUGCCAUUCUGGAUUCCCUACGGCCGCUACUGUUACUACGUGUACAACGGUCAGCAGGGUUUCUCGUGGCCGGACUCCCUGCACUACUGCACGUCGGCCAAAGCAGAUCUGGUGUCCGUCCACAGCAGAGCGGAGGUGGAGUUCCUCAGGAACAUCAAAUACACCAAAUAUCACAACGUAUGGAUCGGGCUCACCAGGGACCGCAACUUUGGCUGGGGCUGGACGGAUAGGACGUCUUUGGGUUUCAUCAACUGGGCUCAAGGUGAGCCCAAUGAGGCCUUUCACCCCGGUGACGUGGACGAGGAGAACUGUGUGGAGAUGUACCCGGACGGACGCUGGAAUGACAACAACUGCCUGCAGAAGAGAGGCUUUGCUUGCCGCCACCGCCAGUACUAUACAACAGAUGAUGGCGGUAAUCCAGUUUUCCCCACCGACGGUCCAGGUGUCAGCAAUGGAGGGGUGAUAGCCGGCGCUGUCAUUGGAGCCAUCGUGUUUUUCAGCUUGAUAGCUGGACUGCUGUUCUACGUCUUCAGUGUCCGGGGAUAUAAACUGAGCGACCUGAGCCUCCCGAGCCUCCCAACCAGAACAACCACUCCCGUUGAUGUGCCUGCUUUCAACAACCCCAAUUUCGCAGGAGAAUCAGACACCUAA